UAGUCCUAGCUGGCACAGCCUUGCAGAGUCUACGGAAGUAGAGGCGUGAGAAGCCGGGCUGAGCCGGCUCCGGGUAGCGGGACUCGAGGCGCUGGGGCGCCGCUCCCGGGCCGGUCAUGAAUGGGCCGGCGGACGGCGAAGUGGAUUACAAAAAGAAAUACCGGAACCUGAAGCGAAAGCUCAAGUUCCUUAUCUACGAGCACGAGUGCUUCCAGGAGGAGCUAAGGAAGGCGCAGAGGAAAUUGCUAAAGGUGUCUCGAGACAAGAGUUUCCUCCUAGACCGACUUCUGCAGUACGAGAACGUGGAUGAAGACUCUUCCGAUUCAGAUGCCACUGCAUCUUCAGAUAACAGUGAGACUGAGGGAACACCCAAGUUGUCGGACACACCAGCCCCCAAGAGGAAAAGAAGCCCUCCACUGGGGGGUACCCCCUCUCCCUCCAGCCUCUCCCUGCCUCCUUCAACAGGGUUUCCCCUGCAGGCUUCUGGGACCCCUUCCCCAUACCUGAGCUCGCUGGCUUCCCCCCUUUACCCCUCAUUCCCUUCUGACUACCUGGCCCUGCAGCUGCCCGAGCCCAGCCCCCUGAGGCCCAAGCGGGAGAAACGGCCCCGCCUGCCCCGGAAACUCAAGAUGGCGGUGGGACCCCCAGACUGUCCUGUGGGAGGGCCGCUGACCUUCCCUGGCCGGGGUUCUGGGGCCGGGGUUGGAGCAGCCCUGACUCCCCUCCCGCCCCCCAAGAUGCACCCCCCCACAAUCCUGAGCACCGUCCCUCGGCAGAUGUUCAGCGAUGCAGGCAGCGGGGAUGAUGCCCUGGACGGGGACGAUGACCUGGUGAUUGACAUCCCGGAGUGACCACCUGCUGCUGUCUGCCCAGCGCCCCCUACCCCUGCCAGCACACACCAAGUCCCCAGUUUCCUCAGAGAAGUUUAUUGGCGCCCAGUUGCCAUGCUUCGGCCACUGACAUGAUCAGAAAAGGCGUAAACAUGCACGAAUGUCCCCCAGGAGGGUGGCAAGGGCCCUGCCUUCGCAUCCCAGCCCCAACCAGGGGACAGUUAUUUAGAUGAGUGGCCAGGAGCAUCUGCCACCUCUUGGGGAGGCAGAGACCCCAAAGUGGCCACCCCUUUAAAAGGGCAGCUGUACAGGGCUAGGUUUUGUUUUGUUUUUUAAAUGAAGAUUCUGUAUUAAAGAAGUGUCUCUGGG